AGAGAGGUUUGUACGGGCUAGUAAACAAUGUGUGUGUUUGAACAGCAGGAGUCAAAGUGAAAGUGUGUGUGUUGAGGUGUGUGUGUUGAGGUGUGUGUGUUGAGGUGUGUGUGUGUUAAGGUGUGUGUGUGUUGAGGUGUGUGUGUUGAGGUGUGUGUGUGUCGGGGUCGUCAUGGUUUUCCUCAGACGGACGAUGCUGCUUCGCUUCCUGCUAAUGUCGGCCAUUUUGGCUCUGUUCCUCUUCAUCAGCUCGCUCUGGCUACCUAACGGUGGACUCAGAGACUGUGGCGGUCCUUGGCAGCCAUGUUUGAGUUUUCACAAACAAAUGCCUGAGCCGCCAUUGGCUCUCGGGGAGUGGGUGGAGCUGAACAAAGCCCCGCCCCUAAUAAAGGAUUGUCCUGGCCAGUCGUUUCAGGCCCUUCUUCUUCUGCAGUAUUUAAAGUCGAGCCUGGCGGACGCUGACGACCUCCUGCUGGAGUCCUACCUGCAGAGCUGGGAUCAGUUACUCAAAUUCAUGGAGUCUCUGGGGACGAUGGUCAGUUUCUUUUCUCAGAAGGUGAAGGAAAAGGUUGUACUGAUACGAGAGCUGUCACUCAAACACAGCGCAGAGGCUCAUGGGAAACGUGGUCUGUCCGUCCGCAGUGGACUACAAACCCCAGAGUCGUUUGGGCUCCAAAGAGGAGUAAGAGGAAGAAGUGUUGUUAAAUCCUUCCUGACUGAUUUAAGAUCAACUGUCAACCAUUCUCUUUAUUUUUCUUUCAAGGCCUAUCGUUCACUACGAUCCAUGGUGAAGGCGGAGCUAAAAGAGGGCGUGGUCGACUUCUCUCGCCGUACAGAUUCAGGUUGCAGGACUCUGCUGCGGCUGCAUCGCUCUCUGCUGUGGUUGAAGCUCAUGUUGGAAGGUUUAGCUGACGGACCAGACGCAGACGGGCGAUACAAAACACCGGGAGAGCUGAGCAGAGAUGCGUAUGAGGUGGCGUUGGCUCCUCACCACCCCUGGCUGCUCCGUCAGGCUGCAGAGUUCGUCUUCCUCGCGCUCCCAGAGAGACGCUACUUCCUGCAGCUUGUGUGUGUUCAGAGCCAGCGAGAGGCCACGCCCGUCCUGCACGUCAUCAUCCACGCCCUGAAGCUCGUGCACACCCAAACGCAGCGCAUCCUGCAUGAACAUGACAUGCUCGAGCUGCCCUGAAUGCAGCACGGCAACACGACAGCAGAAGGAAAAGACUUCCCGUUGUUAACGUUUCAGAAAAGAUCAGAAACCAGCGACACCUCGAGGUCUCACUG